UGUGGAGAAGGAGGGUGGUAACCACUGCGGUACUUCAGUGUCUUACCUCCUGACUCAGAUACCCACAGUUUCACUUAUCGCCACCGGUUCUCUCCUUCAUUUCUACGUUUUACUGUUUUUCAGCUUGGGAUAGAGAUGGCUGGUGCGACGGCACCGAGAAGACAGGACACCCGGAAAUUCUUUGAGAAUAUGUCCGGCGCUGGUAAAUCCAUCGCAGUGUUGACUAGUGGAGGAGAUGCCCAAGGAAUGAAUGGAGCGGUCCGGGCCGUCGUCCGAAUGGGGAUCUACGUGGGAGCGAAGGUCUACUUCAUCCAUGAGGGCUACCAGGGGAUGGUGGACGGUGGCGACAACAUCGAAGAGGCGACGUGGGAAAGCGUCUCCAGCAUGCUGCAAGUGGGUGGUACAGUCAUCGGCAGCGCCCGCUGUAAAGAGUUUCGUACCCGCGAGGGCCGCCUCAAAGCUGCACACAACCUCGUGCAGCACGGCAUCAGUAACCUGUGUGUGAUUGGCGGUGACGGCAGCCUUACCGGAGCCAACCUGUUCAGAGCGGAGUGGAGUGGCCUGUUGGAUGAGCUUCUGCAGGAAGGGCUGAUCGAUGAGGAAGCCGCACACAGGUACUCCGUGCUCCAUGUCGUCGGCAUGGUUGGCUCCAUCGACAAUGACUUCUGCGGCACCGACAUGACCAUUGGCACCGACUCAGCCUUGCACCGCAUCAUUGAGGUGGUGGACGCCAUCAUGACCACUGCUCAGAGCCACCAGAGGACGUUUGUGCUGGAGGUCAUGGGCAGGCACUGCGGAUACCUGGCCCUGGUCAGCGCCCUGGCAUGUGGGGCAGACUGGGUUUUUAUCCCAGAAAUGCCUCCUGAAGACGGCUGGGAGGAUAAUAUGUGUCAGAAACUGUCUGAGAACCGUGCUGAUAAGAAAAGGCUGAACAUUAUUAUAGUAGCCGAGGGCGCCAUAGAUUGCCACAACAAGUCUAUAACUCCUGAUUAUAUCAAGGAUGUAAGUAUGNNNUGCCUGGGUUUUGACACCAGGGUCACCAUCUUGGGCCACGUGCAGAGAGGUGGGACCCCCUCAGCCUUUGACAGGAUCCUGGCCAGCCGUAUGGGUGUGGAGGCAGUGCUGGCAUUACUGGAGGCCUCUGCCAACACCCCGGCCUGUGUUGUGUCCCUGGUUGGCAACCAGGCUGUUCGCCUGCCACUUAUGGAGUGUGUUCAAAUGACCCAAGAAGUACAGAAGGCCAUGGAUGAGAAGAAGUUUGAAGAGGCAGUCAGACUGCGUGGGAGGAGCUUUGAAAACAAUCUGAACACCUACAGACUCCUCUCCAACCGGAAACCUGACUCCGAGAUCCCUAAUAGCUCCUUUAACGUGGCGGUGCUGAAUGUCGGCGCCCCAGCAGCAGGUAUGAAUGCCGCCGUGCGCUCUGCUGUCAGAGUGGGAAUAACCGAAGGCCACAAGAUGUUUGCUGUCAGCGAUGGCUUCGAGGGAUUUUACAAAGGCCAGAUCAAGGAGAUCAAAUGGGGAGAUGUGGGUGGCUGGACUGGUCAGGGAGGGUCGCUGCUAGGGACAAAAAGAACUCUUCCAGCAAAACAUCUGGAUAAGAUUGCUGAACAGAUGAGGAUCCAUAACAUCAAUGCUCUGCUCGUCAUCGGAGGAUUCGAGGCCCUUGAGUCCCUGCUGCAGCUGUCCCAGGCCCGGGCCACCUACGAGGAGUUUUGCGUCCCGAUGUGCAUGCUGCCUGCCACCAUUAGUAACAAUGUGCCCGGCACCGACCUCAGUAUCGGAGCUGACACAUCCCUCAACGCCAUCGUGGAGACAUGUGACCGCAUCAAGCAGUCUGCCAGUGGCACCAAGCGGCGGGUCUUCAUCAUCGAGACCAUGGGCGGCUACUGUGGCUACCUGGCCACUGUGGGCGGUCUGGCUGCAGGCGCUGACGCCGUCUACAUCUUUGAGGAGUCAUUUGACAUCCGGGACCUGCAGGCCAACGUGGAGCAUCUGACGGAGAAGAUGAAGACGAGCAUCCAGAGAGGCCUGGUGCUCAGGAAUGAGAACAGCAAUGAGAACUUCACCACUGAUUUCAUCUACCAGCUGUACUCUGAGGAGGGACGAGGAGUGUUUGACUGCAGGAAAAACAUCCUCGGUCACAUGCAGCAGGGAGGAGCUCCUUCUCCGUUCGACAGAAACUUUGGCACCAAAGUCUCUGCUAAGGCCGUGCAGUGGAUAUCACGGACACUCAAGGACUGUUACAAAGGAGGGCGAGUGUUUACUAACUCGGAGGACACCGCCUGCCUGCUGGGGAUGCGUCGCAGAGCUCUGGUCUUCCAGCCUGUGGCACAGAUCCGGGACGAAACGGACUUUGUGUGUCGUCAUCCCCGUGCUUUGUCCUUUAUCCCUAAGGAGCGGUGGUGGCUGAAGCUGCGCCCGCUGAUGAAAAUCCUGGCCAAGUACAAGACGAGCUACGACAUUUCCGACUCCGGCCAGCUGGAACAUGUGACACGGGUCCGACCCAAGGAGAGCGACGCCUCUUAAGCCAUCUGAACCAGUGCG